CUACAACGCGACUGCCUUCUCCGAUAUUUGCAAUUCGCCUUCCUUCCGUUACAAAUAUGGAUUCUUCGACCGACCGAACAUGUUUGAGGCUGUACAUGACCUGUUUCCAGUCUUCUCGCAAAGCAAAAUAUCUAGCUACCAGGACAUUCUCUACCCUAGCCCCUGGUAUUGGGCUGAUCAGGUACCUUAUGAAGAAGACAAGGAUUUCGAGUGGGAAGAGAAGAUUAGCAAGAUGUACUGGAGGGGCUCAACGACUGGAGGAUACUCAAGAGCCGGAGGCUGGCGACGGCAGCAUCGACAAUUAUUUGUCGGCAACGUUAAUGCUCUAAAUACAGCCAAGGUACUUGGUGAGGCCGAAAAUGGCCAAUGGAAGGCCAGGGGUGUUGGCCGGAACUCUUUUGCCGAUCUUUUCGACAUUCGGUUUACGUAUAUUGGCCAAUGUGACGAAGAGGAUUGUGCUGCCCAAAGGGAGUACUUUGACGUUGCGGAGCCGGUUGUUCAGCAAGACGCUUGGGCGUACAAGCAUCUGCUAGACAUGGAUGGAAAUGCCUUCAGUGGUCGUUUUUAUGCUUUCUUGCACAGCAAAAGCCUGGUCUAUAAAAUGUCGAUCUUCCGCGAGUGGCACGAUGAGUGGCUCAAACCCUGGGCCCAUUACGUACCUCUGAGUUUGACCGGAGAUGAUUAUCUCGAGGCCGUGCGGUACUUCGAGUUAGAAGAUGAGGGCAAGGUGAUUGCACCCAAACUCGCCCGACAAGGCCGGGAAUGGGCACAAAAAGCUCUUCGCAAUGAAGAUAUGGAGGUUUGGUUCUUCAGGCUACUACUCGAGUACGGGCGCCUAGUAGACGACAACAGGCAAAACCUGGGGUUUUCG